CUAUGUUGUUAUCUUUCUAAGGAUGUGUGACCGGAACGGAGGCCGGAGGCUUCGGCAGUGGCUGAUUGAGCAAAUUGACAGCAACCUGUACCCAGGGCUGAUUUGGGAAAACGACGAGAAGAGCAUGUUCCGGAUCCCUUGGAAACACGCUGGCAAACAAGAUUAUAAUCAGGAAGUGGACGCCUCCAUUUUCAAGGCCUGGGCGGUUUUUAAAGGGAAAUUUAAGGAAGGUGACAAAGCUGAACCAGCCACAUGGAAGACAAGGCUACGCUGUGCUUUAAACAAGAGUCCAGAUUUUGAGGAAGUGACAGACCGGUCCCAGCUGGACAUUUCCGAGCCAUACAAAGUUUACCGCAUCGUCCCAGAGGAAGAGCAAAAAUGCAAAUUAGGCGUGUCGACUCCUGGCUGUGUGAAUGAAGUCACUGAGAUGGAAUGUGGUCACUCUGAAAUUGAUGAGCUGAUCAAGGAGCGCCCUGUGGAUGAGUACAUGGGGAUGGUCAAAAGGAGCCCUUCCCCGCCUGAGGCCUGCAGGAAUCAGCUCCUCCCAGACUGGUGGAUGCAGCAGCCCAGCGCAGCAGGCUUGCCGCUGGUGCCGGGUUACGCCGCCUAUGAUGCACAGCAUUCAGUCUUCUCCCAGAUGGUCAUCAGCUUCUACUACGGGGGCAAGCUGGUGGGCCAGACCACCACCACCUGCCCCGAGGGCUGCUGCCUGUCCCUGAGCCAGCCGGGCCUGCCCAACACCAAGCUGUAUGGGCCGGAGGGCCUGGAGCUGGUGCGCUUCCCGCCUGCGGACACCAUCCCCAGCGAGCGGCAGAGGCAGGUGACGCGGAAGCUGUUCGGGCACCUGGAGCGAGGCGUGGUGCUGCACAGUAACCGGCAGGGCGUGCUGGUCAAGCGGCUGUGCCAGGGCCGCGUGUUCUACAGCGGCAACGCCGUGCUGUGCAAGGACAGGCCCAACAAGCUGGAGCGCGACGAGGUGGUCAAGGUCUUCGACACCAGUCAGUUCUUCCGAGAGCUGCAGCACUUCUACAACAACCAGAGCCGGCUUCCCGACAGCAGGGUGGUGCUGUGCUUCGGAGAGGAGUUUCCAGACAUGACCCCCUUGCGCUCCAAACUCAUCCUCGUGCAGAUUGAGCAACUCUAUGUCCGGCAGCUGGUGGAAGAAGCGAUGAAGAGCUGUGGUGCUGGGUCCAUGAUGCAGGCUCCUGAGGAGCCCCAGCCAGACCAGGUCUUCCGGAUGUUUCCAGAUAUUUGUGCCUCCCACCAGAGACCCUUUUUUAGAGAAAACCAACAGAUCACAGUUUAAGUCUCUCUCUUGGGCACCCCACCCCGCCCACAUCUCAUCGUUCAUUAUUACAAUUACUGUUGUAAUUAUUUAAGGAUAUAGAUCCCUCUGACCUGGGGUGGGAUGCCUCACGCUGCUCUUAAUUUAGUAAGGGCGUUCUCUGAGGGCUCCACGUUCAAAGCGAAGUUGUGUCCAAAUUCUAUCGUUCAGGUGUAAACAUUGAAGCCCACACCAAGUGGUCUGCAUGGUGUAACUAGAACCUCUGAUUAAAACGUUUGUUUCCUGUA